CGGUGGGGGGAGGGAGCCGCACCUCGCUCGCUCGCUCGCUCUCCCUCCCUCCCUCGCUCGCUCGCCCUGUCGCGCGCACGCCGCCCGCGCCCCGAUGCCCGUGCGGGCCCCGCGCUCGCCGCCCCGAUGGGGACGCUGAGGCGCAGGCCGCGCAGGGAGGCCCAUGGCGCAGCAGCAGCCGGACGCUCCGCGCGGUGCGGGCCGGGCAUCGAGCUCGCCGACCCGCCGCGCGCAGCAGCAGCAGUUACAGCUGCAGGAGCAGCAGCAGCAGGAGGAGAAGGAGCGGGAGCAGGCGGGCAGCGGCCUCAUGGCCCCGGGGCCGCGGCUCCGUCCCGCCGAGAGUAGCGGAAAGGUGGAAGGCCAGCAGAACGGUGAGCCGGCCCCAGCCCCGGGCCCGGUGGAGCCAGCCGUCCCUUCUGAUGCCACAGCGUCGGGCACUGCUGGGAGUCAUCCGAGUGAUCAGAUAGUGCAGAAAAUAGAGGAAGUCCUCUCUGGGGCCCUUGAGACUGAACCACAGCGUAAAUCAGAUGUAGAUGUAGACGCAGACACAGCAAAGAGUACGUCUCAGUCUUCAAAAAGAGGUCCUACCGAUGAAGUAGAAGAUGAAAUUCCAAGAAAAAAGUCAAAGAAAAACAAGAAACACAAAAGCAAAAAGAAGAAGAAGAAGAAGAAGAAAAGGAAGAAAGAAAAAAAACAUAAGAAGCAGCCAAAGGAAUCAAAAUUGAGUGCACAGCAUGGAGGACAUGCGGACUUACAACCUGCUUCUCACUUGAAACCAGAAAAAAUGAUUACAGAACAUGGAGACCAUGCAGUUUCAGAUCAUGCCUGCCACAUGCAGUCAGAAGAAAUGAGCUCAAAAAUAAGUGAAGAACAUGGAAGACAUUCGGGUAUAGGACUUGUUUCUCAUUUGCUAUCAGAUUCUCAAUCUCUGGAAAACCUUCAGAGUGAAAAAACAAACUUGACCAUCAGUGAUACAUGCAGUGCAUUCAAUUUACAAACUGGCAAACUUGAUCACCAUGAAGAAAAUGCUAGUAUAACUACAAUUAAAGAUUGCACUAAAGAAGAGCCAGCUAAAGUAAAGCAGCUGAGUGAGCCUCAUGAAAGUAUGUCUCAUAAAGCUGUUAACAUGAGUGAAAAUGAUGUACCUUUGACUGUUGAUGCUGAAAGUGGUACUUCAUUUACCAGUAGAACUAGAGUUGCUAGUAAGUCUGAAAUUGAAAAAGAUUUGGAAGCUGCUUCAACUUCUGGGAGAAUAAAAGCACUAGAAGAUUCAAAAACUAUUCUGAGAUCUGUGAGCACUGGGGAAACAAAAGAUUCAGAAACAACCGCAGAAUCGGAGGCCACAGCACAAAUGAAAUACCUUGAAACGACUCUAAAAUCUGUGACUGUGGUGGGGACACAAAUUAUGGAAACAUCUCUAAGAUCUCAGUCUCUGGGAAGUGAUUUGGUAUCUCUGCCAAAAUCUGUGGCUGAGAUGGAAGUUUUGGAAACAAGCCAAGGACCUAUGCAUGUGGCAGAGGUAAAACAUUCAGAAGUGACUACAGGUUCUGCACUCAUGGGAAGUAUGAAAGAUUCAGAAGCAGCCUUGGAGCCUGUAAUUGUGGCAGGCACAGAAACAUUCUUGGAAUCAGUGAUUGGGGCAGCUAAAGAGUCUGCGCACAUAGGGGACAUGAAAAAUUCAGGUAAAGUUCUGGAACCUGUUGCUGUCUUGAAGGCUCCGGAAGCAGCCCUGGCAGCAACGGCUGUAACAGAGGUGAAAGGCUCAGAAGUAUCUAUGGCAUCUGAGCAUGUGGGUCAUAGGAAAGAUUUAGUCUUGAAAUCUAUGGCUAUAGCAGAUGUUUUAAAAGCAGUCCAGGAACCUGUGUCUGUGAUGAAAGUAGAAGGUGCACAAUCAACUCAAGAAUCUCUACAAAUUGAAGAACUCAGAGAUUCAGCUGCAGCUCCAGAGCUUAUGAGAGGGACAAAAAAUAUUGAAACUACGUCAGAAUCUCCAGCUAUAGUUUCUGAAGCAACCCUAGAAACUGUGCCUAUAGAAAAGGUGAAAGGCCCAGAAAAAUCUCUGAAAAUGAAAGGAGAGAGUGCUUCAGUAGUGAUCCUAGAAUCCUCAGCCAGGCCAGAAGCAAAAGACCCACUGUUAAUCCAUGAGCAUAUGGCUACAGUGGAGGCUAAAGUAUUGGAAGCAGCUCCUUUGUCACAUGAAAUGAAAGGUGUGAAAGUUCUAGAAACAACCUUGCAUCCAAUGGCAAGAGAGAAAAGAGUUGAAACAAUUCCAGUAUGUCUGCAAAUGGAUGAUAUAAGAAACUUAGAGGCAGCUGCAGGAACUGUGACCAUGGCAGAGGUGAAAAGUUUGGAAGCAACUUCUCUAUCUCUGCAAACAAAGGGUGUCAGAGAUUUGGAAGGAAAACUAGGCUCUGCAGGUGUGAUGAAAGUUUUGGAAGGAGCACUAGAACCUGUAGUUGUGGCAGCUGAUUCAAAAGUGGCUUUAGAACCUGUGGCAGUGACUAAGUUUCCAGAAACAACUCUGCAGCUGCAAGGUGCAGAAGGCUCAGAAAGUUCAGAGUUACCUCAGUUGUCCCUGCAAACAGAACACACGAAAGCUUCAGAAUUAGCUCUUGGGUCUGGAGCUGUAGCAAAGAUGAAGACUUUGGGAGCAGUUGCAGAGUUUGUGGCUCUAGCAGAGGUGAAGGAUUCAAAAGAAACUGUAAAAUCUGAGGUCACAGCAGAGUCUAAAGAUAGGGAGAAGUCAAACAAAAGAACUUUAAUCUCUGAGACAUCAAAGGUGAAAAGCUUGCAAACUGUUAUGGAAUCAAAGGCAUCAGCAGAAGUGAAGCUUUUGGAAGCAUCCAGAUUUGAGGUAAUGUCUGAGUUGAAAGACUUUGAAUCAGUUGUAGAACAAGUGGCCAUAGCAGAAGCCACAUCUUCAGAACCAUCUCUGCAAUUUCAGGCGGUGGCAGAGUUGAAAGCUUCAGAAACAGCUAUGGAAGUUCAGGCCAUGGCAGAAGGAAAAAACUUGACAUCUCUACUAUCCAACGUCAUGACAGAAGCAAAAGAGUUGGAAAUAACUCCACAGACUGAGGCUGUGGUAGAGGACAAAAAUUUUGAAACUGCUCCAAAGUCUGUGGCUGCCAUAACAGAUAUGAGAUACUUGGAACUUAGAACAGAAUUCGAGACUAUGCCAGAGGUGAAAGAGUUGGAAACUGUAAAAGGCUCUGAAGCAGUUCUUGAAUCUGAGACCAUCACAAGGAUGAAAGUUCCAAAAUUGCUACCCAUAACAAUGGUAAAAACUUUGGAAGCAAGUUCAGAAUCUCUGCCCUUGGCGGAUGUGCAAAAUUUAGAAUUGGGUAGAGUCUGUGACAGUAUGACUGUGGUUACUGCUGCAGAACCUAACAUCAUCACAGAGGCAAAAUGUUUAAAACCUAUUCUCGAAUCUGUGCACACACAAAAUAUAAGAGAUUCAGAAGCAGUUCCAGAACUUCUGCACACAGCAGUGGUAAAAGUUGCAGAAUCAACAGAAUUGGAGGUAGGAGAAGUGAAAAAUUUGGAAGCUACUUCAGGAUAUGUGACUGAAAAAAUAAAACCUGUAGAAAUAAGAGAUUCAGAAACUGUUCUAGUAUCUGAAACCAUGAUGGAGGUGGAGGUGUUAGAAACGACUUCAGAAUCUUCUAUCGGAGCAACAUUAAACAAUUCAGAAACUAUUUCAAUGCUUAAUUCUGAGCAAAAGAAAGAUUUUGAAAUGGCUUUAAAAGCAGAGGCUUUGGUGGAAAUGGAAAUGAAAGAUUUGGAAGUGGCUCCAGAAAUGUUGGGCAAUGCAGAAGUGAAAUGUUUGGAAGAAGUUCCAAAAUCUGCAGGCGUAACACAGAUGAUGGCAUUGCCUUACAUGAAAGAUUUGGGAGCAGUGAUAGGUGUAGAGGAUUUCAAAACUUUACCAAGUCAUACUGCAGAUGAGAAAAUUCCAGGCCCAGAUCAAGAAUCUAAGUUAAUGGUGGAAGUGAAAAGUUUGGAAACAGUAACCGUUGCAGAGGCAAAAAAUUUAGAAGCAACUACAGAUUCUUUGCGUACAGCUCAUGUGACAACUUUGGAAGCAGGCCAGAGACCCAAGGUACCACCUGUGGUAAAAGUCUUAGAUGCAGCUCUGGGACCUGGACCUGUGUUGCUGGCAGUGGCAAAACUCUCAGAAACUGCUUCACGGCCAGGACCUCUAGUGCUAGCAGGUGCAAGAGUCUCAGAAACUGCCUCAGGGCCUGAACAAGUGGUGCCGGCAGUAGCAAAAAUCUCAGAAGCUGCCUCAAGGCCUGGACCUGCGGCACUGACAGAGACAAGAGUCUUGGAAGCUGCCCCAAGGUCUGGACCUGUGAUGCCAGCAGUGGCCUCAAAGCCUGGACCUGUGAUGCCAGCAGUGGCAAAAGUUUCAGAGCCUGUCCCAAGACCUGGGCCUGCAGCGCUGGCAGUGACAAAAGUCUCACAAGCUAUCCCAGGACCUGUGGCACCAGCAGUGGCAAAAGUCUCGCAAGCUGCCCUAGGGCCUGGGCCCUCAAUGCCAGCAAUGGCAAAAGUCUCGCAAGCUGCCCCAGGGCCUGUGGUGCCGGCGAUGGCAAAAGUCUCACAAGCUGCCCCAGGGCCCACAGCGCCGGCAGUGGCAAAAGUCUCGCAAGCUCCCGCAGGGCCUGCGGUGCCGGCGAUGGCAAAAGUCUCGCAAGCUCUCCCAGGGCCUGCGGCGCUGGCGGUGGCAAAAGUCUCGCAAGCUGCCCCAGGGCCUGUGGCACCAGCGGUGGCAAAAGUCUCUCAAGCUGCCCCAGGGCCUACGGCGCCGGCAGUGGCAAAAGUCUCUCAAGCCCUCCUAGGGCCUGCGGUGCUGGCGGUGGCAAAAGUCUCUCAAGCUCCCCUAGGGCCUGUGGCACCAGUGGUGGCAAAAGUCUCUCAAGCUCCCCUAGGGCCUGCGGCACCAGCGGUGGCAAAAGUCUCUCAAGCUCCCCUAGGGCCUGCGGCACCAGUGGUGACAAAAGUCUCUCAAGCUCCCCUAGGGCCUGUGGCGCCGGUGGUGGCAAAAGUCUUGCAAGUUGCCCCAGGACCUGCAGCGCCGGCCAUGACAAAAGUCUCGCAAGCUGCCUCAGGGCUUGCAGCACCGGCAGUGACAAAAGUCUCGCAAGCUGCCCCAGGACCUGUGGCGCCAGCGGUGGCAAUAGUUUCGCAAACUGUCCCAAAGCCUGGCUCUGCAGCGCCAGCAGUGACAAAUCUCUUGGGAGCUACCCCUAGGCCUGGACCUGCGGUGCCAGCAGUGGCAAGAUUCUCAGGAGCUGUGCCAAGGCUUGGACCCAUGGCACCAGCUAUGCCAAGGUUCUCAGUAGCUGCCUCAAGGCCAGGCCCCAUGUCGCCAGCAAUGCCAAGAUUCUCGGUAGCUCCCUCAAGGCCAGGCCCCAUGUCGCCAGCAAUGCCAAGAUUCUCGGUAGCUCCCUCAAGGCCAGGUCCCAUGUCGCCAGCAAUGCCAAGAUUCUCAGUAGCUCCCUCAAGACCGGGCCCCAUGAUGACAGCAGUGCCCAGAUUCUCAGUAGCUGCCUCAAGGCCUGGUCCCAUGUCACCAGCAAUGCCCAGAUUCUCAGUAGCUGCCUCAAGGCCUGGGCCCAUGGCACCGACAAUGGCAAGGUUCUCGGUAGCUGCCUCGAGACCUGGACCUGCAUCGCCAGCAAUGGCAAGAUUCUCGGGAGCUGCCUCAAGGCCUAUGCCUGUGCCACUGGUACCGGCAAAAGUCUCAGGAGCUGCCUCAAGGCCUGGGCCUGCAGUGCCAGCAGUGGCCAAAGUCUCAGGAGCUGCCUCAAGGCCUGGGCCUGCAGUGCCAGCAGCAGUAAAAGUCUCAGAAGCUGCCCCAAGACUUGGGACUGCAGCGCCAGUAUUACCAAAAGUCUCAGAAGCUGCCCCAAGACUUGGGACUGCAGCGCCAGUAUUACCAAAAGUCUCAGUAGCUGCCCUGAGACCUGGGCCCACAUUGCCAGCAGUGACAAAAGUCUCAGAAGCUGCCCUUGGGCCUGCAGCACCAACAAUGGGAAAAGUAUUGGAAACUGCCCCACGGUCUACAACACUGGCAAUUGCAAAAGUCUCAGAAGCUGUCGCAGGGACUGUGGUGCCAGCUGUGGAAAAAGUCUCUGACACUGCCUCGCAGCCCGCAGGGCCAGCUGUGGCAAAAGUCUCAGAAGCUGCCCCAAAGCCAGGACCUGUGGCGCCAGCCACGGGAGAAGUCUCAGGAGCUGCCCCAAAGCCAGGACCUGUGGUGCCAGCUGUGGCAAAAGUCUCAGAAGCUGCCCCAAAAGCAGGACCUGUGGCACCAGCCGUGGCAAAAGUCUCAGAAGCUGCCCCAAAGCCAGGACCUGUGGCACCAGCCAUGGCAAAAGUCUCAGAAGCUGUCCCAAAGCCAGGACCUGUGGCACCAGCCGUGGCAAAAGUCUCAGAAGCUGUCCCAAAGCCAGGACCUGUAGCAUCAGCUGUGGCAAAAGUCUCAGAAGCUGCCCCAAAGCCAGGACCUGUGGUGCCACCCAUGGCAGAAGUCUCAGGAGCUGCCCCAAGUCUUGGACCUGCGGCACCGGCAGUGGCAAAAGUCUCGCAAGCUGCCCCAAGUCUUGGAUCUGUGGCGCCGGCAGUGGCAAAAGUCUCGCAAGCUGCCCCAAGUCUUGGACCUGAGGCGCCGGCAGUGGCCAAAGUCUCGCAAGCUGCCCUGAGUCUUGGACCUGAGGCGCCGGCAGUGGCCAAAGUCUCGCAAGCUGCCCCGAGUCUUGGACCUGAGGCGCCGGCAGUGGCCAAAGUCUCGCAAGCUGCCCCGAGUCUUGGACCUGAGGCGCCGGCAGUGGCAAAAGUCUCGCAAGCUGCCCCGAGUCUUGGACCUGAGGCGCCGGCAGUGGCAAAAGUCUCGCAAGCUGCCCCGAGUCUUGGACCUGAGGCGCCGGCAGUGGCCAAAGUCUCGCAAGCUGCCUCGAGUCUUGGACCUGCGGUGCCGGCAGUGGCCAAAGUCUCGCAAGCUGCACCAAGGCCAGCAGCUGCGGCGCCGGCAGUGGCCAAAGUCUCGCAAGCUGCCCCAAGCCUUGGACCUGCGGCGCCGGCGGUGGCAACAGUCUCGCAAGCUGCGCCAAGGCCAGCAGCUGUGGCGCCGGUGGUGGCAACAGUCUCGCAAGCUGCACCAAGACCAGCAGCUGUGGCGCCGGCGGUGGCAACGGUCUCGCAAGCUGCGCCAAGGCCAGCUGCUGUGGCGCCGGCGGUGGCAACAGUCUCGCAAGCUGCGCCAAGGCCAGCUGCUGCGGCGCCGGCGGUAGCAACAGUCUUGCAAGCUGAGCCAAGGCUAGCUGCUGUGGCGCCGGCGGUGGCAACAGUCUCGCAAGCUGCGCCAAGGCCAGCUGCUGCGGCGUCGGCGGUGGCAACAGUCUCGCAAGCUGCGCCAAGGCCAGCUGCUGCGGCGUCGGCGGUGGCAACAGUCUCGCAAGCUGCGCCAAGGCCAGCUGCUGCGGCGUCGGCGGUGGCAACAGUCUCGCAAGCUGCGCCAAGGCCAGCUGCUGCGGCGUCGGCGGUGGCAACAGUCUCGCAAGCUGCGCCAAGGCCACCAGCUGCGGCACCGGCGGUGGCAACAGUCUCGCAAGCUGCGCCAAGGCCACCAGCUGCGGUGGCGGCGGUGGCAACAGUCUCGCAAGCUGCGCCAAGGCCGCCAGCUGCGGUACCGGCAGUGGCAACAGUCUCGCAAGCUGCGCCAAGGCCACCAGCUGUGGUGCUGGCAGUGGCAACAGUCUCGCAAGCUGCACCAAGGCCACCAGCUGCGGCACCGGCAGUGGCAAAAGUCUCGCAAGCUGCCCCAGGGCUAGGGCCCGCGGCACCAGCAAUGGCAACAGUCUCGCAAGCUGCCCCAGGGCUAGGGCCCGCGGCACCAGCAAUGGCAAAAGUCUCGCAAGCUGCGCCAGGGCUAGGGCCCGCGGCACCAGCAAUGGCAACAGUCUCGCAAGCUGCGCCAGGGCUAGGGCCCGCGGCACCAGCAAUGGCAACAGUCUCGCAAGCUGCGCCAGGGCUAGGGCCCGCGGCACCAGCAAUGGCAACAGUCUCGCAAGCUGCGCCAGGGCUAGGGCCCGCGGCACCAGCAAUGGCAAAACUCUCGCAAGCUGCGCCAGGGCUAGGGCCCGCGGCACCAGCAAUGGCAAAACUCUCGCAAGCUGUGCCAGGGCUAGGGCCCGCGGCACCAGCAAUGGCAAAACUCUCGCAAGCUGCGCCAGGGCUAGGGCCCGCGGCACCAGCAAUGGCAAAACUCUCGCAAGCUGCGCCAGGGCUAGGGCCCGCGGCACCAGCAAUGGCAAAACUCUCGCAAGCUGCGCCAGGGUUAGGGCCCGCAGCACCAGCAAUGGCAAAACUCUCGCAAGCUGCGCCAGGGCUAGGGCCCGCGACACCAGCAAUGACAAAACUCUCGCAAGCUGCGCCAGGGCUAGGGCCCGCGACACCAGCAAUGGCAAAACUCUCGCAAGCUGCGCCAGGGCUAGGGCCCGCGACACCAGCAAUGGCAAAACUCUCGCAAGCUACCCCAGGGCCCGUGGCGCUGGCAUUGGCAAAAGUCUCGCAAGCUGCACCAGGGCUAGGGCCCGCAGCGCCGGCGGUGGCAAAAGUCUUGCAAGCUGCACCAGGGCUAGGGCCUGCGGCGCCAGCAGUGGCAAAAGUCUCUCAAGCUGCUCAAGGGCCUGCAGUGCCAGCAGUGGCAAGAGUCUCGCAAGCUGCCCCAGGGCCUGCGGUGCCGGCAGUGGCAAGAGUCUCGCAAGCUGCCCCAACACUGGGGCCUGUGGUGCCGGCAGUGGCAAGAGUCUCGCAAGGUGCUCCAGGGCCUGCGGUGCCGUCAUUGGCAAGAGUCUCGCCAGCUGCCCCAGUCCCGGGGCCUGCAGUGUCAGCAUUGGCAAGAGUCUCGCCAGCUGCCCCAGGGCCGGGGCCUGCGGUGCCGGCGUUGGCAAGAGUCUCGCCAGCUGCCCCAGGGCCGGGGCCUGCGGUGCCGGCGUUGGCAAGAGUCUCGCCAGCUGCCCCAGGGCCGGGGCCUGCGGUGCCGGCGUUGGCAAGAGUCUCGCCAGCUGCCCCAGGGCCGGGGCCUGCAAUGCCGAUGUUGGCAAAAGUCUCGCCAGCUGCCCCAGGGCCGGGGCCCGUGGUGCCGGCGUUGACAAGAGUCUCGCCAGCUGCCCCAGGGCCGGGGCCCGUGGUGCCGGCGUUGGCAAGAGUCUCGCCAGCUGCCCCAGGGCCGGGGCCCGUGGUGCCGGCGUUGGCAAGAGUCUCGCCAGCUGCCCCAGGGCCGGGGCCCGUGGUGCCGGCAUUGGCAAGAGUCUCGCCGGCUUCCCCAGGGGCAGGGCCUGCGGUGCUGGCAUUGGCAAGAGUCUCUCCAGCUGCCCCAGGGCCAGGCCUUGUGAUGCCGGCAGUGGCAAGAGUCUCGCCAGCUGCUCCAUGGCUUGCAGUGCCAGCAGUGGCAAGAGUCUCACCAGCUGCCCCAAAGCCAGGGCCUGUGAUGCCGGCAGUGACUAAAGUCUCAGAAGCAGUCCUAGGGCCGACUCCUGUGGCACCAGCAGUGGCAAAAGUCUCAGACACUGCUCCGCAUCCUACAACACUGGCAGUGGCAAAAGUCUCCGAGGCAUCCCCUGUGCCUCGACCUGUGGCACUGGCCAUGGCAAAAGUCUCAGACACUGCCCCACAGACUGUGGUGCCGGCAGUGGUAAAAGUCUCAGAAGCUGCUGCAGUACCUCGACCUGUGGCACUAGCAAUGACAAAAGUCUCCGAAGCUAGCCCAGGGCCUGCACCUGUGGUGCCAGCAGUGGCAAAAAUCUCUGAAGCUGCCCCUGGACUUGGACCUGCAGCACAGGGUGUGGCAAAAAGCUCAGAAGCAGACCCAGGGCCUGGACCUGCAGUGCCAGCAGCAGCAAAAGCUUCAGAAGCUGUCUCAGGGCCUGUGGCACCGCCUGUGGCAAAAGGUGAUGACACUUCAAAAGAUGACAAAGCACGUGGGAAAAGCACCCAUAAGAGCAGUGAUAAAAAUAAACAAGAUGCAAAAAAAGCAAAAAAGAGUCGAUCUAAAUCUCUUUCCAGAUCACGAAAGCGGAGAAAAAAGACAAGGUCACGCUCUACUUCUAGGCAGGUUACCUCUAAAAGAGCAAGUUCUAGGAGCAGGAACCUCUCAGAUUCUCGGAAAAAUCAUUCUGCAUCACAUCGCAAGUCCAGAUCUCGUUCAAUUGAAAGAAGGGAUCCCAAAGAGUCUUCAAGGAGAUCAAGACACAGACACUCCAAGUCCUCUGAUCAUGAUGGGUCUCGAUCCCGGUCUGCGGAAAAAAGAGAUCGUAAUGAGUCUUUACGGAGAUCCAGACGCAGACGUUCUAGAUCUUCUGAGCGCUACAAAUCUAGGUCAAGAUCUGUUGAAAGAAGAACUCGUGCAGACUCUCCAUGGAGAUACAGAUGGAAUCGUUCCAGGUCCUCAGAUCGCUACAAGUCUAGAUCAAGAUCUGUUGAAAGACGAGGUCGAAGAGAUUCCCCUUGGAAAUACAGGCGCAAUCGCUCCAGGUCCUCAGAUCGCUCCAAGUCUAGAUCCCGGUCUCUGGAUAGAAGAGGUCGCAGAUACUCUCCAUGGAGGUAUAGGCGCAAUCGCUCUAGGUCUUCAGAUCGUUCCAAGUCUAGAUCCUGGUCUGUGGAUAGAAGAGGUCGCAGAGACUCUCCAUGGAGAUAUAGACGCAAUCGUUCCAGGUCUUCAGAUCGUUCUAAGUCUAGAUCCCGGUCUCUGGAUAGAAGAGGUCACAGAUAUUCUCCUUGGAGAUACAGGCACAAUCGCUCUAGGUCUUCAGAUCACUCUAAAUCUAGAUCCAGAUCUGUUGGAAGAAGAGGUUGCAGAGACUCUUCACGGAGGUCGAGACGUAAACGCUCCAGGUCCUCAGAUCAUUAUAAGUCUAGGUCCAGGUCACUGGGGAAGAGAGAUAGAAAGGAGUCUUCUCGGCGAUCUAAACAUAAACGUUCCAAGUCUUCGGACCGUUACAAAUCUAGGUCUAGAUCUGAUGGAAAAAGAGGUUGCAGAGACUCUUCACAGAGGUCGAGACGCAGACGUUCCAGGUCCUCAGAUGAUCGUUACAAGUCUAGAUCCAGGUCUGUGGGCAGAAAAGAGAGGAAGGAAUCUUCACGGCGGUCUAAACGUAAACGCUCCAAGUCCUCUGAGCAUUAUAAAUCUAGAUCCAGAUCUGUUGACAAAACAGGGGGCAAGGAGCCUUCACAGAGGUCUAAACAUAGACGAUCCAGGUCUUCAGCCCAUUACAAAUCUAGAUCCAAAUCUCUUGACAAGCGGCAGGGCAAAGUGUCAUCACAGAAAUCUGAAAGUAGACGCUCAAAGUCUUCUGAAUGUGACAAACCUAGAUCUAAAUCUGUUGAAAAAAUUGAAGGCCAGAAGUCUUCAGUAGAGUCCAAAAAUAGAUGCUCUGAGCUUUUUGAAGGCCAAGAGUCAGGAUCCAAAUCUGUUGAAGAAAUGGGAGGCCCAAAAUCUUCAUUGGCGUCUGAAGAGAGAUGCUCUGAGCUUUCUGAAGGCCAGGAAUUGGGAUCCAAAUCUGCUGAAGAGGUGAUGGGCCCAAAACCUUCAUUGGAAUCUGAAAAUAGAUGCUCUGAGCUUUCUGAAGUCCAGGAGUCAGAAUCUAAAUCUGUUGAAGAAACAGGGGGCCCAAGACCUUCAGUGGAGUAUGAAAACAGAAGCUCUGAACACUCUGAAGGUCAAGAGUCAAGAUCCAAAUCUGUUGAAAAAAUAAAGCACCAGGAGUCUUUGGUAAUGCCUGAAGCUAAACUCUUAGACUCUUCUGCAGGUGGUGAACCUAGAUCUGUAGUUGUUGAAGAAAUUCAGGAGCCUUUAUUGAGAACUGAAAAUAGACACUCAGAGUUUCCUGUAUGUGAAGGACUUAAUUCUGAAUCUGUUGAAAAAAUAGGGGGCCAGCAACCUUUGACCUCUGAAAGUAUGUACUCUGAGUUUUCUGAACACAAUGGACCUAGAUCUGAAUCUGUCACAAAGUUAGAGAGCCAGAUACCUUCAGUGGGGUCUGAAAGUAUGCACCCCAAGUCAUCUGAAUGUGAAAGACCUAUAUCUAAAUCUGUUGAAGAAAUAGACAAACAGGAGCUUUCACUAAGCUCUGAAAAUAGGUGUUCUGAACCUCCUGAGCACCACAAGUCAAGACCUAGUGCUGUUGAAAAAAUAGCAAGUGAGGAGUCUUCCCUGAGGUCUGAUAGUGUAUGUUCUGAGCUUCCUGAAUGUGACAGACGUGUACCCCAAAUACUUGAAAAAAUGGAAAGCCAAGAACCUUUGCUGAAACCUGAAAGUAAACUCUCUGAAUCUCCUGAACCUGAGAGAGCUAGAUCUAAAUCUGGUGAUAAAAGUGAGAGUUGGGAGCCUUUAGUGGGGUCUGAAAAGUCUUCUCACCAGGUUUGGAUUGUGCCUUGUGAUGUUCAGAAAACAAAGGUACAGGAGACUUUCCUAAGGUCUGAAAUCAUAUACUCUGAGUCUCUGGUGCCUGAUGAACCCGAAUCCAAAUCUAUUCAAAUAACAAAGAAGCAGGAAGCUUUGCUGAGCUUGGAAAGUGGACCCCUUGAAUCCUGUGAAGACGUUGAACUGAACUCCAAGUCUGUGGAUAAAAUAGAGGAACGGGAGCUUUUGCUGAGCUUUGAAAACAGAUCUCCUGAAUCUGCUGAAGGCCCAAAACUGAUGUCUGAAUUUGUGGAAAAAAGGGAACAGGAGCUUUCCCCAGAGAGCAGAAUCCCUGAAUCUGGUGAAGGCUUUGAACCUAGUUCUCAGUCUGUGGGAAAAAUGGCAGAUCAACAGUCUGCUCUGACCUCUGAGUGUAGAUCCCUUGAAUCUGGUAAAGACCUUGAGCUGAAGUCUGACUCUGUGCAAAUCAUAAAGGUAUGGGAGCCUUUGCUGAGCUCGGAGAGGAAAGCCUUUGAUUUUAGUGAAGGUCUCGACCUUACAUCUGAAGCUACGGAGAGCAUAGAGGCACAGGAGGAUUUGUUGAGCUCUAAGAGCGGACCUCUGAUGAAGAAAUCUGGUGAAGGCCACAGUCUGAGGUCUCAGUCUUUGGAAAGCAAAUUGGUACUGGAGCCUUCACUGAGCUCUGAAAGUGGACCACUUGGAUCUGAUCAAAACCUUGAACCCAGAUCCGAGUCUAUGGAAAAAUUAGAGGGACAAGAGCAAUGGUUGAGCCCUAGGAGUACAGCCCUUGAAUCUGUUGAAGGCCUUGAGCUGAGAUCCAAGUCUGUGGAAAUCCAGGAAGCAGAGAAGCCCUUGCUGAGGUCUGAGAGCAGACUCAACUCUGGUGAAAGUCUUGAACUGAGGUCUGAGUCUGUAGGAAAAGUAGAAGUACAGGCAUCUACCCUGAGCCUUGAGACUGGAAUCCUUGACUCUAGUGAAAGCUUUAAACUAAGAUCCAUGUCUUUUGAAAAAAUAGAGGGACAGGAACUUGCUUCUUUGAACAGAUCUCUUGAAUCUGGUGAAGACCCUGAAACAAGGUCCGAGUCUGUGGAAAAAAUCAAAGAGCAGGUGCUGUCACUGAGUCUUGAAAAUAGACCCAAGGAAACCAGUGAAGGCCUGGAACCCAUGUCUGAAUUUGUGGAAAAAAUAGAGGAACAGGCGCUGUCAUUGAGCUCUGAAAUCAGACCCUGGGAAUCUGUUGAGGGCCGUGAACCCCUGUCAGAGUCUGUGGAAAAAAUGGAGAGGCAGAUGCUGUCUCGGAGUCCUGAAAGCAGAAUCUGGAAAUCUCAUGAAGGCCUGGAACCCACGUCUGAGUUUGUGGGAAAAACUACGGAACUGGAGUUGCCUCUGACCUCUGAAAGCAGACCACUGGAAUCUGGUGAAGGCAUUGAACUGAGACCUGUGUUUGUGAAGAAAAUUGAGGAACAGGUGCCAUCAUUGUGCUUUGAAAGCAGACCUCUUGAAUCUGGUGAAGGUCUUGAAUCAAAGUCCAAGUCCAUGGAAGAAAUUGAGGAACAGCCACUGACAUGGAGCUCUGGAAGGAAACCCAUUGGAUGUAGGCUUUUAGAGCAAAGUGGGGAACUAGGGUGGUCACUGAGCUCUGAAAGGAGACCCCUGGAAUCUGGUAAAGGCCUUGAACCAAGGUCCAAGUCCAUUGAUACUGAGGGACAGAUGCCACAUUGGAGCCCUGAAAGGAGACCCCUUGAAUCUGGCAAAGACCUUGAACUACAGUGUGAAUCAGUGGAAGAAAUUGAGGAGAAGGGACCAUCAACAAGCCCUGAAAGCAGGCACCUUGAUUCUUGUGAAAGUUUUGAGCUGUUGUCCCAAUCUGUGGAAGAAACUGAGGAACAGACGCCACAUUGGAGCCCUGAAAGGAGACUCCUUGAAUCUGGUGAAGGCCUUGAGCUGCCAUCUGAGUCUAUAGAAGAAACUGAGGAACAUGUCCCGUCCCUGAGCCCUGAAAGUCAACCCCUUGCAUCUGGUAAAGGCUUUGAACUGCUGUCUGAGUCCAUGGAAGAAAUUGAGGGACAGGUGCCAUCACUGAGCCCUGAAAGCAGACCCCUUGAAUCUAGUGAAGGCCUUGUUCUGCCAUCUGAGUCCAUGGAAGAAAUUGAGGAACGGGCGCCAUCACUGAGCCUUGAAAGAAGACCCCUUGAAUCUGGGAAAGGCCUUGAGCUGCCGUCCGAGCCCAUGGAAGAAAUUGAGGCACGGGUGCCAUCACUGAGCCCUGAAAGGAGGGCCCUUGAAUCUGGCACAAGCCUUGACUUGCCAUCUGAGUCCAUGGAUGAAAUUGAGGGACAGAUUCUGUCACUGAGCCCUGAAAGCAGAUCCCUUGAAUCUGGUGAUGGUCUUGAACAAAGGUGUGAGUCCUUGGAAGAAAUUGAGGAGCAGGCACUGUCACCGGGUCCUGAAAGCAGACCCCUUGAAUCUGGUGAUGGGUUUCAGCUGCUGUCCAAGUCAGUGGAAGAAAUUGAGGGACAGGUACUGUCACUGAGUCCUGAAAGCAGAUCCCUUGAAUCUGGCGAAGGUCUUGAACCAAGGUCUGAGUCAGUGGAAGAAAUUGAAGGACAGGCGCUGUCACCAAGUCCUGAAAGCAGAUCCCUUGAAUCUGGUGAAGGUCUUGAACCAAGGUCUGUGUCUGUGGAAGAAACUGAGGAACAGGCACUGUCACAAACUCCUGAAAGUAGACCCUUUGAAUCUGUUGAAGGGCUUGAAUUGCUGUCUGAGUCUGUGGAAGAAAUUGUGGGACAGGCAUUGUCAUUGAGCCCUGAAAGUAGAUCCCUUGAAUCUGGUGAAGGUCUUGAACUAAGGUCUGAGUCUGUGGAAGAAACUGAGGAACAGGGGCUGUCACUGAGUCCUGAAACCAGACCCCUUGAACCUAGUGGAGGCCUUGAGUUGCCUUCUGAGUCUGUGGAAGAAAUUGCAGAACGGGCAUUGUCACUGAGUACUGAAAGUAGAUCCCUUGAAUCUGGUGAAGGCCUUGAACCAAGAUCUGAGUCCUUGGAAGAAAUUGAGGAACAGGCCCUGUCACUGAGUCCUGAAAGCAAAUUUGUCGAUUCUAGCAAAGCUCUUGAAGUGCCACCUGAGUCUAUGGAAGAGAUUGAGGGACAGGUUCUGUCACUGAGCCCUGAAAGCAGAUCCCUUGAAUCUGGGGAAGGCCUUGAACCAAGGUUUGAGUCCGUGGAAGAAAUUGAGGAACAGGCGCUGUCACCAAGUCUUGAAAGCACAACCUUUGAGUCUGGUGAAGGCCUUGGACUGGCAUCCAAAUCCAUGGAAGAAACUGAAGGAAAGACACUAUCACUGAGCCCUGAAAACAGAGCUCUUGAAUCUGAUGAGGGUCUUGAGCUGAGGUCUGAGCCUGUGGAAGAAACUGAAAGACAGGUAUUGUCACCAAGCCCUGAAAGUGGACCUCUUGAAUCUGGCAAAGGCCUUGAACUGCCAUCUGAGUCUGUGGAAGAAAUUGCAGAACAUGUUCCAUCACUGAGCCUUGAAAGCAGACCCUUUGAAUCUGGGGAAGGCCUUGAACUGCCAUCUGAGCCCACGGGAGAAACUGAGGAACAGAUGCCAUUGUUGUGCCCUGAACACAGAUCCCUUGAACUGCCGUCUGGGCCCAUGGAAGAAAUUGAAGGAAAGGCACCAUCCCCAUGCCCUGAAAGCAGACCACUUGAAUGUGGUGACAGCUUUGAACUGAGGUCCCAGUCUGUGGAAGAAAUUGAAGGACCAGAGUUGUCUCUGACCUCUGAAAGCAAGCCCCUGGAGUCUGAUGAAGAACUUGAACUGUGGUCUGAGGCUGUGAAAAUAAAUGAGGAACAGGUGCUGUCAUCAAGCUCUGAAAGUAGGCCCCUUGUUUCUAGUGAAGACCUUGAUCUGCCGUCUGAGUCCAUGGAAGAAAUUGAAGGACAGGCACCAUUACUGAGUCCUGAAAGUCGACCCUUUGAAUCUGGUGAAGGCUUUGAGCCAAGGUCUGAAUUUAUGGAAAAAAAGGGAGAUGAACUAUCACUGUGGUAUGCAAGUAGAAUCUCAGAACCCUCUGAAUGUGACAGACACAGGUCCAAGUCUGUAGAAGAAGUAGAGGGGCCUUUAGUGAGAUCUGAAAGUAGGGGUUCCAAGUCUCCCGGUCGCCACAAGUCUAGGUCCAAAUCUGUGCAAAAAGCAGAGCGCAAGAUGUCUUCACGGAGAUAUAGACGUAAACGCUCCAGAUCUUCUGAUCACCACAAAUCUAGAUCUAAAUCUGCUGAAAAAACAGAGAGCAAAGAGUCUUCACAGAGGUCUAGAAGUAAACGCUCAAGGUCUUCUGAGCGCAGAUCUCAUAAACAUGAUACUGAAUCGCGUUCUAGACGGAAUCGGUCCAAAUCGGCAACCCGUAAAAGGCUAUCAAGAUCUAAAUCUAACCAUCGGUCUCGGACUCGUUCAUUAUCCCGUUCAAGGCACAGAAAAAAGUCUCAAUCAAGAUCAGCGUCAAGGAAGAGGCAGUCUUUAUCUAGAGAGAGGCGGAAAAGAUCUCAGAGAAACAGAUCAAGGUCUGCAGAUAGGAGGAAGAGGAGGUCAAAUUCAAGAGAUCUCCGAGUCUCGCUCAGGUUACGGUCUAGGAGUCGAUCGCCUCUUCGUUCAAAACGGUCUAGAUCAAGGGGAAGAAGACGGAGCGCUAGUAGGUCACCGAUUCGAGCAAGGAGAUCAAGAUCAUCUGGGAGAAGAAGGGGUUACAGCAGAUCACCUGAUCGCCGAAGGUCCAGGUCCUCUGAAAGGUCACCUAAACGUCUUACAGACUUAGACAAGGCCCAGCUACUUGAAAUAGCCAAAGCUAAUGCAGCUGCCAUGUGUGCUAAGGCUGGUGUCCCGUUACCACCAAGCCUGAUGCCUAUUAUCGCUCCAGCAAAGAAGGAAGACAAAGAUACUCAGAAGUCAGCAAGGGACACUCUAAAAGAGCUCACUGAGGAACUUGGUAGCUCAAGUGAAAUAGCAGAUUUGCAAAAAAUGGAAAAUGAAAAUGUUGAGCUGCCAGGUCUGGAGGAAGAAGCAGCAGGAUCCUCACUUUCAAGAUCACUGUCACCAGAUACGCGAUCCACCAUGAGUAGCUGUUCAAGACAGUCAAGCUUUGUAUCAAGCUUUGUGGACAAAAUGUCAAAAGAAGAUCAAGAAAAAGCAGAUGAGACAUUAGCUCGAGCUAUAUUUGCAAGUGGUACACCUCUUUCCAUAACUGAAAAUCAAUACUGGAAGGAACAUUACAAACUAAUUUGCCCAUCAUAUAAGUUACCAUCAUGUUAUCACUUAUCACAUUCUCUCUUAGAUAGAGAGUACGACAGAGUUCAAACAAUGAAUAUUCAAAGGUUUGACCAAGCAGAAUCACUGACUCUGAUGUCAGAUGGAUGGACUGAUAUACACGGAAACCCUUUAUUGAACAUUAUGUUAGCAACACCAGAACCAGUAUUCCUGAAAGCAGUUGCUACUAAAUCGUCUCAUCAUACAAGUGAAUACAUAGCCAAAUUACUGAGUGAAGAGAUUGAAAGAGCAGGUCCCUCCAAGGUACAAGCCCUUGUAACUGAUAAUGCGAGUAACAUGAAAGCUGCAUGGCAAAUAUUAAAGUCCAAGUAUCCUCAUUUAAUAAUAUUUGGCUGUCUUGCUCAUGGGUUGAAUCUUCUGGCAAAGGACAUAGUAAGUGUGAAUACAAUGAAGACAAUAUUGGCAAACUGCAAAUCUAUUGUGAAGGUAUUCAACAAUCAUCAUGUUGCUAAUCAGACUUUAAAGAAAUUACAGAAAGAGAAGCAGGGGAAGGAAAGUGCACUUCUAUUGCCAGGAGAAACUAGAUGGGGCUCAGCUACAAAGUGUUUACAAAGUUUGCUGCGCACAAAGAACUGUUUGCAGUGUGCUUCAGUAGAUGACACAGUAUCCCAGAUUAUUCCCAUGAACAUUCGGAAGCAGAUUCUCGACAAUGACGUGUUCUGGGUUCGAGUUCAAGGAGCAUUCAAUUUGCUACUGCCAGUUUCAGUGGCUAUCAAGAAACUUGAAGGAGAAACACUAAGCCUUUCAUAUAUUCCAGAGAUAUUCAGACAACUGAAUAAAAACCUAAUUAAGCUAUUGCCUUCUUCACCUCUAUCCAAAAAAGAAGUAGUAGUAGUAAGACAAAUGUUUACUAAGAGAUCUGAGUUUUGCUCUCAUCCUGUUCAUCUGGCAGCAAACCUUUUGGAUCCUCAACACAGAGGACAACAUUUAUCAGAAGUUGAAUUAUCUAUUGCUCUCGAUACAAUUAUGGAAGUAGCUAAGAAUAUCCCCAGCCUGGAUGAAAUAGCCGUGAUGACAGACAUUGCCGAGUACCGCGCAAAAGAAAAACUUUGGAGCAAAGACAUCAUUUGGCGGGCAGCAGAGAAUAUGUCUCCUCUCACAUGGUGGAAGGGAUACUGUAACACCCGACCGUUGUCCAGGAUUGCUCUAAGGAUCCUAAGCAUUCCACCAACAGCAGCUGCUUGUGAAUGGAACUGGAAGACAAAAAAGAGGACUAGACUAACACAUGAACGCACCGCUAAGCUUGUUUCCAUUUCUCAAAAUCUCUUGCUUUUGGAGACUCAGUCAGAAGCACAAUUAGUGAAGAAGAUGCAGUGUGAUGAUGAUAAGCUGCCCAUGCCCAUAGACUCGUUGGUAAAACCAUCCUUUAGUGAAAGAGAAUGUGGUUCAAGUAGUUCUGAAUCAGAUUUGUCUCAGUCUGAUUCCGAAAUGGAACUAACAAGUAGAGCAAGUGAUUCUACAGAUAGCGACAGUGAAACUAGAGGUGCUGCGAUGACUUCAGUGGAAGAGAGUUAAACUCUGUUGAAGUAGAUGAGUGGGCAACCACGGCAUGUCAUGCACAGUUCUUUGGGUGUGCUAAAAUUAGUGUGUCAAGAGUUUUCAGUGCCUUCAUUUUUCCCCCCCUAAAUUUAAACAAGCAUGUAAGGGAAGUACAUGCUAUUGUGUAGUGUCUUUAGAUUUUUACAGGUAUUCCAAUAAAAUAAUUUCUUUCCACAUAAA